CAAGAACUUUUCUCCUUGCGUAACUUUCCCUCAGGGAGCCAAAUUAAUUCUGCUAAUGAAGCAACAACGUUAUAUGCAUGAUAGCUUAAAGGACACAGAAGCAGAAAGGACAAUUGUAUUGUUGGAAAUUAGUUCAAGGAGAGCCAGUGUGUGCCCCUUAUUAAGGUACAUGGAAUCCUCAGAAUUAUCUGCUUAUGACUAACCCCCAUGUGUCAGUGGGCUUUUGGAAGCAACCACAAAACAUUUUGCUGGCACGUAACCUUCUCAUUCCAAGAAACUUAUUGAAAGAAGGACAAACAGGGCCUUUGCAACCCUGGCUAGUUCUGAGAAAAAAAUGAGUUUAGCCGAGGACCUUGACUAUAGCCUUUUCAAUGACUACAUAAAUGGUUUCAUGAUGUCUAAGGUUAUGUUCACCGCUUGUGAAUUAGGAGUGUUUGACCUCUUGGAAUCUGAAGAAUUCCUCACCUUUGAUGUCAUUGCUGAACGCUUGGGCACCAGUUCCCAUGGAAUGGAGCAAUUACUUGAUAUCUGUGUGACUCUGAAGCUACUAAAGGUGGAAAUGAAGAGAGGAAAAGCUUUAUAUCAAAACACAGAACUUGCCACCUUGUAUCUCACCAAGUCUGGCAGUAAAUCCCAGUACAAUAUGUUACUUUACAUGUCCAAAACUACUUACUCAUGCUGGAAUCACUUAACUGAAGCAAUAAGGGAAGGAAAAAAUCAAUAUAUGAGGACAUUUGGUAUUCCAUCAAAUGAUCUCUUUGAAGCUAUCUACAGGUCGGAAGAAGAACUGACAAAAUUCAUGCAUGGCUUACAUGAGAUUUGGAGUAUUAAUGGCAGAGAUGUGAUUACUGCGUUUGACCUUUCAACUUUCACUCUCAUUUAUGAUCUUGGUGGGUGUUCAGGUGCCCUAGCCAAGGAAUGUAUCACCAUAUAUCCUGAAUGCCAAGUGACAAUCUUUGAAAAAACAGAGGUGGUUCAAGUGGCAAAGAAAUACUUUCCAUUCCUAGAGGAACCUCGUAUUAACUUCCACAUAGGGGAUUUUUUCAGAGAUCCUAUUCCUGAAGCUGAUCUGUAUAUUUUGGCUCGGGUCCUCCAUGACUGGGCAGAUAAUAAGUGCGUACAAUUGCUAAGGAGCAUCUACCAAGCCUGUAAACCAGGCUGUGGUGUUUUAGUGGUUGAAACCCUUUUGGCUGAAGAUAAGAGGGGGCCUUUGACAAGUCAGCUCUAUUCUAUGAACAUGCUGGUACAGACUGAAGGAAAGGAGAGAACUCCAACAGAAUACCACAAGCUCUUCACUCAGGCUGGUUUCCAAGAUUUUCAGUUCAAGAAAACUGGAAAAAUCUAUGAUGCUAUUUUAGCUAGGAAAUAAUUAUUUCCUAUUCUACAACUAUUUUCAAAUAUGUUAAAUAAUUUAGUCUUUGUGAACAUGCAAUAUAACCUACAACUUGUUUAGUGAAUGAUGGCAAAACUCUGCAGGAACCAAAGGGAAGCAAUAUAAUAAUAUAAUCUCAAAUAAUAGAUUUUCAGAGUUGGAAGAGAAGGUGGAUAUUAUCUAGGUAAAUCAUUGCCUGAAGAAUAGGUACAUUAUUCUUGAUAGGAAGCUACCCAUUCUUAUGUGUAUCCUGUUUAUCUCUCCUCUACCUCCUACAAAGAUAUACAAAUAAAUGGAAAUUUAAAGGUAUUAUAGAAAAAAGUGAAGUCAAAUUCUAGAGUUGGAAGAUCUCAGAGGCCAGUCAUCCAGUCCAAUGCAUACCUGAAUAAGAAUACUUUGUGCAAUUUAUCUGAGAAAUCAUUUAUUCUUUACUUUAAGACCUCGAAUGAGAGGAAACCCAUUAUCUCCUAAGGCAGUCUAUUUUACUUUCAGAUAACUCUGAUUAUUGGGAAUCUGGUCUUUAACUCUUUUAUUUAAUAUCUUCUAUACUUACAAUUAACAUCUUUUUUGAUUUAGAUCUCUCAUUUGGAAAAAAAAUCUUAGCCUAUUGAAUAAAAAACAAAUAAAGCAUUAUAGGUACUA